AUGCUGCGCAGCCCGCCGCGCUCCCGGCCCGAGCCGCCGCCCCCCAAGACCCCCUUCCACAUCGAAGCGCUCCUCGCCCGGGAGCCGCCGCGCCGCGGCCCCGCCGCCGUCUCCGCCCCGCCGCCCCCGCGCUGGCCCGCGGCGGGCCCGGGCCCCGGACCGGGUCUGGACUUGUCUCACUGUGUAGGGGCCAACUCACUGGGUCCUGCUGUGCCUUGGAGGUCUGGGGGGCCCUGCAAGAUGAAGAGGGUCCGCACGGUCUUCAAACCAGAGCAGCUGGAGCGGCUGGAGCAAGAGUUCCUCAAGCAGCAGUACAUGGUGGGCACGGAGCGAGUAGAUCUGGCUGCGACUCUGCAUCUCACAGAGACUCAGGUGAAAGUCUGGUUCCAGAACCGGAGGAUCAAAUGGAGGAAGCAGAGCAUGGAGCAGAAGGCAGCAAAGCUGUCACAGUUUGGGGUGAUACAGCCUGCCACUGCGGACUCAACAGACAUCAGGGACCACGAGGAGGACCCCGUGGAUGUUGAGCUUUGA